AUGGGUCUCUUAGGCUGCACCCCUAGGCAAAAGGUUACAGCUGCAUUGAGGAUGCUGGCCAACGGCAAUUCAGCAGACGAGCUUGAUGAGAAACUUAGGAUGGGAAAGACUACAAUUGCAGAAGCAACACAGAAAUUUGCUUGGGCAAUAAUCCGCUUAUUUGGUGAUGAGUAUCUCCGCCGUCCUAAUGCUCAAGAUGUUGCAAGGCUGCUGGAAAUAGGUGAGAGCAGGGGCUUCCCUGGCAUGCUUGGAAGUUUGGAUUGCAUGCACUGGCAAUGGGACAAAUGCCCUACUGGAUGGCACGGCUUCUAUAGUGGUCAUUGUCAGCACCCCACUGUCAUUCUAGAGGCCGUGGCUUCAUCGGACCUCUGGAUAUGGCAUGCUAAUUUUGGCAUCCCCGGAUCAUGCAAUGACAUCAACGUGUUGCACCGCUCUCACUUGUUUGAUGACCUGGCUCAAGGUAAUGCCCCUCCUGUUAACUUCACCGUCAAUGGAAAUUCAUAUGACAUGGGUUACUACCUUGCUGAUGGUAUAUAUCCUGAGUGGGUUACCCUUGUGAAGGGAGUGCAUUGUCCUAUAACUGAAGAGCAAAAAUUCUUUACACUCAAGCAAGCAGAGUGCAGAAAAGAUGUUGAAAGGGCAUUUGGUGUACUUCAAGCUAGGUACAGGAUUGUUGCCCAGCCAGCUCGGCUUUGGAAACCAAGUGUGCUCAAAUCCGUCAUGGAAUGUUGCAUAAUUCUUCACAACAUGACCAUCGAAGAUGAGAGGGAGUUCCCACUUCCAAGGUGGGAAGACUAUGAUGACGCUACCGAUCCUAACCUUGGCACAGGAAGAAAUAUUCCUCGCAUAGAGGAGUUGAUAGCAAGGCACAAGCUCAUCCAAAGCAAAACAACGCACCAUCAACUUCAUGAUGAUUUGGUGGAGCAUGUGUGGGCAAAUUGUCGUCGACGCUCGAACUAA